AUGACAACCGACCGCUCCCAACUCACCUCCCGCAACCCCCCCUCCAUGACCCUAAGCACCGGCACCGCAACAUCCAAGACCGCCGCACCCACCUCAGCUCCUCCCACUGUCCUGCCCGCAGAACGAGCCAGAGACCGCUUCGCCAUAUCCGGGAACGCCAUCGUGACCGGCGGCGCAGGCGGCAUCGGGUCCGUUGCGUGCCGCGCCCUCCUUGAACACGGCCUGCAAGGCCUUGCACUCUUUGACCUACAUCCCAACGAAGCUCAAAACACGGUCAAUGCGUUGAAGAAAGAGUUUCCCAGCGCAAAGAUCACCUUCUAUAAAGUCGACAUCACGGAUCCCGAUUCCGUGGCCGAUGCCGUCGCAACAGUCCACGACACCCUCGGCUCAAUCGACAUCCUACUCUGUUUCGCGGGAAUCGUUGGCGCCACGCACGCGCUUGACAUCUCCGUGAGCGAAUGGAACAAAAUGCUCGCUGUGAACACGACGGGUGUGUUUCUCUGCGCGCAGGCUGUCGCUCGGUACAUGGCGCACGAGUCUUCCAAAGGAGGAAGUAUAAUCCUCAUGGCGAGUAUAUCAGGACACAUUGUGAACUUCCCCCAGCCGCAGGUGCACUACAACGCCUCUAAAGCGGCUGUGUUGUCGAUAAAGAGCUCGCUUGCGGCCGAGUGGGCGCGCCUCGGGAUUAGGGUUAAUAGUAUCUCUCCUGGGUACAUGGAUACCAUCCUUAACGAAGGGGAGGGGCUUGAUGGGCAUCGACGGGAAUGGGCGAAACGGAUGCCGUUCGGGCGCAUGGGGCAGCCGGAGGAGUUGACGGGGGUUGUUGUGCUCCUGGCUAGUGGUGCAGGGAGUUAUAUCACGGGGGCGGAUAUUGUUGUUGAUGGAGGGCUUACUGUUUUCUAA